AUGCGACGAGGAAUUCAAACUGAUUAUCGAUUGAAAUAUUCAGCAGCUUCGCCAAAAUUGUUUCAUAUAGUUUUGAUGACCAUUUACCAGGACGAUAUGAACGUAGUUUUUAACUCAAUUGAUUCUUUGUCUCGACAAACUGAAGCAAAACGAAUCAUUAUGGUCAUUGCAUAUGAAUCGCGUACGCCGGAUCGUGAACAACGCCAAGCUAGUUUGGAAGAAAGAUAUAGAAAUUCUUUCGCUAAUUUACUAUUUACCAUUCAUCCAGUUCUUGAUCACGAAAUUGCAUCUCAUGCAGCGAACUGUAACUGGUCAUUGAGAGAGGUCGUCAAAUUAUUGUUUAUCGACGAAGGUCAUACCAAUGCCAAAGAAUUUACAGUUACAACAACCGAUUGUGAUUGUCUUUUCCACGAGAAGUAUUUUGAAGCAUUAUCAGCCGAUUAUUUACAAAUGUUAGAAAAAAACGAUUGGUAUGCACAUCAUACAAUAUGGCAACCACCUCUUUUUUAUAACUGGAAUUUAGAUAAAUCUUCAUUCAUAACAAGAGUUACUGGUUUAGUACGAUCAAUAAUGACAAUGGGCAUGUUGAUUCCAUAUAAUAUCAAUCCUAUGUCAACGUUUUCAUUUUCAUUAACACUUGCAAUAAGAAGCGAGUACUGGCAUCCUCAAAUGUUUGUUGAUGAUGUUGGAUUUCUUAUAACAUCGAUGUCAGCUACAGGAGAACGGAUAAGAGUUCGUGGUUUGCCUGUACCCGUUCGAUCUGGACCAACAUCAGGAGAAACAUGGUCGAAGGAUAUUAAAGAAUGGUUCAUACAAGUUCGAAGAUGGGGUCUAGGUAUAUCAACAUUUUUCUCGUUUGUUAAUUUAUGUAAUUCAUUUCGGAUGUACAUAUAA